CUGGCGCUUCCCAGGCGUACAGUGGGGGCUCAAAGUUAUUGGCAUCUGCGAUAAAGAAAGGAGACAGCGAGACAGUUGUCCGCACGCAGCAUAACACUGGCGCUUAAAUAUUUCAGAAGUUCUGGAACAGCUGGGAUCACCAUUAAGAAAAUAAUUGAAGGCAUCGUAUUUCAUGUGUUUGAUUUAUGAAGGUUGGCAGUUGGAUACCUAGAAACUGGAUGCAACUAGAGGUUGUGUUAGAAUAUCUCGUAAACCAGCUUGCUAAUGGUUUGAGAACAUCUUGAAAGUUAGCUAGUUAGCUAAAUUAUGAUCAAAGCAAGAUAGUACUUUUCUUGUAGUCUGGACUAUAUAAAUGCAAAUUACUUUAUAGCGUGAUAAACGUGUUAUAACCAAGUAGUCACUUAGUUUAACGAGCAACUUGUCCAGGUAACGGGAAUGCUGUAACGUUAGCUGGCUAGGUGUUGCCUGCCAGCUCGCUAGCUGGUUUCAUUGAUGGGCUGCAGUACGUAGGCUACUAUCAGCGUGAGAACUGAGAAAAGGCGCAUCCUUAUUUUUUUUUACCGAUGAAGUAAGUUACAAACUUUCAGAUUCAAGGACUGGGGUUAAUUACAAAGUUUGGACUGCAAGCAGUACGGAAGUCGGUGUACUUUCAAAUGAAAAAAGAUCAUUAAGAGCAAGCAUUUUGAUCUUGUAAAUUCGCAACGAUGGCUGGCGUGGUGCGCACCCUCAGCCGGUGUUUGCUGUCAGCCGAAGCCAGUCGGGAGCGAAGUAAUAGCAAGGAGAGAAACCUGGAUCGAGAUGUGAAUCAGGAGCGAGAGGCAAGGCGCCGGAGUCGCGAAAUCGAUGCCAUGCUUGCCCGUGAGAGAAGGGCUAUCCGCCGCUUGGUGAAGAUACUACUGCUCGGAGCUGGAGAAAGUGGCAAGUCAACCUUUUUGAAACAAAUGAGGAUUAUCCACGGGAAAGUGUUCGACCAGAAAGCAUUACUGGAUUUUAGAGACACUAUCUUCGAGAAUAUCAUUAAGGGCAUGAGGGUGCUGGUGGACGCCCGGGACAAGCUGGGCAUCGUCUGGCAGAACUCGGAGAACGAGAAGCACGGCAUGUUCGUGAUGUCCUUUGAGAACAAGGCGGGCGUGCCCAUGGAGCCGUGCACCUUCCAGCUGUACGUGCCCGCCCUGCGGGCCCUGUGGCGGGACGCCGGCAUCCAGGAGGCCUACGGCCGGCGCAGCGAGUUCCAGCUGGGGGAAUCCGUCAAAUAUUUUCUGGACAACUUGGAUCGCAUUGGCCAGUUGAAUUAUGUACCAAGCAGGCAGGACAUCCUGCUGGCUAGGAAGGCCACGAAGGGGAUCGUGGAGCAUGACUUUGUCAUCAAGAAGAUCCCCUUCAAGAUGGUGGACGUGGGCGGCCAGCGCUCCCAGCGCCAGAAGUGGUUCCAGUGCUUCGACGGCAUCACCUCCAUCCUCUUCAUGGUGUCGUCCAGCGAGUACGACCAGGUCCUGAUGGAGGACCGGCGCACCAACCGCCUGGUGGAGUCCAUGAACAUCUUCGAGACCAUCGUCAACAACAAGCUCUUCUCCAACGUCUCCAUCAUCCUCUUCCUCAACAAGAUGGACCUGCUGGUGGAGAAGGUGAGAACGGUCAGCAUCCGCAAGCACUUUGCCGACUUCAAGGGCGACCCGCACCGGCUGGAGGACGUGCAGGCCUACCUGGUGCAGUGCUUCAACCGCCGGCGGAGGAACCGCAGCAAGCCCCUCUUCCACCACUUCACCACCGCCAUCGACACGGAGAACAUCCGCUUCGUCUUCCACGCGGUCAAAGACACCAUCCUGCAGGAUAAUCUUAAGGACAUCAUGCUGCAGUGAGGCCUCCUGACCACAGGUGGCGCCAUCCUGUCUGCAUCGCCCUGGCUUACAACUAAGCUCUUUGUCCACACCUUCUUCCUUCAUUUAAGGGCAGCAGUAGAGGCACAUAAACUGUUAGAAGCUUGCCUUACCUAUCAAAACAUGCACUGGCUUUCCCCAGACCUCUGUUACAGACUCUGAAAGGUUUUGAAAAGUAUUUGAAUAGCGUGGCUUCUCUUGUAUGUGUUCCACAGGAAACAACGUUUAUGAAACCAGGCUAAACCAGUCUACCUUCAGAUCUGUAUUCCAUCAUAUUUAUGAUUAGCAAUUAAAAAUUAGCAAAUGAAAGGUUAUGCAAAAGGCUUUGCACUAGUAUGCAAAAUGAGUGUUAUCGAAGUUUGCGUAAAUAUAAGCAGUUAGUGGUAGGAACCUUCACAUGCAAUUUACUCUUUCAAUUGACGCUGAAAAUAAGUGGUGCUUGGAGAGGUGGGUUCUGUUUGAACCACCUUUAAUACAUGGCUGAAUCCAACAGGGCUUUUUACACCAUUUUCAGAGUGUGUGUGAUUAGCAAGGCCACACGUCCAGCUGGCCUGCAGAAAGUUUGAACAUGCAUUUAUAAAACAAGACAGAAUAGUUCUUGGAGAACGUAUUUAAAGCACACUGCCCUUGGCCCUUUUGUGUGUGUGUAUGUGUGUGUGUGUGUGUGUGUAUAUAUUUGUCUUGUUGCUUUGGAACAGGAAGUCCAGCUUCUCCAGCUCUCAUUAAUCCAAGGCCACUCACCUCCGAUCCCAGAGGGCUGCAGAAUGUUCCAGCAAGUUUACAGUUCAGUUUAAGCCACUCCCACAUCUCAGAACCACGGAGGGACACCAAAUUGGUUCAGUCAGAGCAGCAGUUAGUCGAGUCAGGUGGUUAAAAGCCCGUCCGCGGCAGGAGGCCGUGGACACGGGAUAAACCAAUCACAGUGCGCGCAUUGUUUCCGGGACAAAGAAAUGCGAUUAGUCACGAUAAUGCGAAGCAAUUCAACGGUCUCCUGUUCCAUCGUCCGGCUCAUGUCCCUGAUGCGCUGUUCAAUUGGAAUUAACAGGAAAAAAGACCGGGUCAUAUUUUUCGGUGAUAAUGCUGGGGCGGACAACGAGUGACGCGCUUACGAACGUUUCACAAUGCGAGCGCUUAUCUCGCUGGCUCGCCGUGCGACGGGCCGGGCGGACGUGCGAAGCGGCGUGCUCGUAAGUGCCUGACCCGCGGACGCAAACCCUGGCUCACAUUCGGCCGAGCAGAAGUGACGCAUUAGCCCUCUGUCUGUUCGUACGGUCUACCGUGUAUGGGUCACAUUGUGUUCCUUUAUUACUUUAAGAAGGAACACUACUUUAAGAAAAGAGAAGCAGAACUGUCUUCUCUCACGCAGAGAGGGCACAAAGUAAUUUACGGAAAGUUGUUGAUAGGGCGCCUUGUGGUUUUAGCAGCUUAGGGCCAAGUUCCUAGUGUCAUUUUCUGCCACAGGACGAAAGGUGGCCAGUGACCCAAGAAUAUCAUUUAGCUCAAUUUGCAGUUACAGAGGGCACACCACUGACAGUCUCAGGCAAACAAAAACAGUGCCCAUUUAGACGAGUGUGCUCCAAUGCCUCGUUUGUAAAGACAUCGGCAGCGGCCACUGUAAUGAGACCUGAUUGGCUCAUCACUACCUGUCAAGCAGUGUUAAAUCUAGCGCUGGCUUUUUUUUUCUUUACACAUUACAGACAGGACAGGCCUAUGCUAAUUUGCUUGUCACGCCAACCUAUUUCUUCUGACAGAGGUAUCGCGCAGUGUAAAGCCUGGUGGAAAUCAUUAUUACACUUCUGAUUGCCAGCCAGAGACUAGAGCAAAGCUGUUAAUUACAGCCUCUGAUAUGACAGUAUUGAAUUUGUGAGGUGGUCACGGGAAUGUGAGUGGUGCAGAUCUCUGGAGUACACACUCUCUCCUGUCACUAGUUUUGUAAGGACAUUGUCCCCGCAAGGUGAAACAGGACAUGCUUACCUCUGUCUGCAGUUGUCCUGCCCUCUGAUAUCCCUACACUGUUCCGAGAUGUCUGUUACUUCAUAAGGUCUUAAUUGGGUUGCAUAUGGAAUUGAACACAAUGCUUGUGAGGGCAGAAAAAGCCCAAAUGUCCAAAAUUCAGUUCUGUCCGAAUGGUUUUUCCAUUGUCACCUGCAGUGACUCUCUAGAGUGUGGCAGUAGACAAAGGUACUUCCAGAUCUGGCCUGUUGCAACUGGGAAUAGUUGCUAUAAUAAUUUACAUUAUAUUUAUCAAGAGUACGAAUAUUUAAAUGAGAGAGUGCGAGAGCGAGAGAGUGUGUGCGUGUGUGUGCGUGCGUGUGUGUAAAGAGAGCGAGGGCAAGGAGAGAGACAUUACAGCUUAUAGAAUAUGAGGCCAUGCCAGAAACAGGGCAAGUUCAACAUGGCUGGGAGCUGUUGACAGUGGCCUUUGUUCGGUCGCGGGGUGAGGAGGAAGGCCGUUUGACCUGCCUUCGCCGGCAGCAGGCGAACGGGCAGCCGGAGGCUCCGAGGGGGCGGAGCUCAGGGAGGCCGCGCUGCUGCGUCGAGGCUGGAGCGCUCAUCAGGAUUCCCCGUGCCCGUCUGUUUUUCCACCCCAUCUGCUUUUCCAUUUUUCCAUCCGCGGCGGCCCUCUCCGCGGCAGGGCCUCUGUCCGCGGACCUCCCGGGUGGUCCGUGCGCCGAGGCGGCUGGGUUUGGCCUCAGGUGUCAGCCCCGCAGGUCCCGGAGGGCAGGUCUUAGAGGCUGUCUUGAAACCACUAAAACCCCGAAAACCCAGCCAGCCAGCCGCCUCGGACCAGACAGUAUAACAGCAAGCUAAGGACAUUUGACUCUUACGGCCUGAUUUAGCAAGACUGUUAGCAUAUGCAAAACCUAUUAACACACGCAUAACUGAUAACAGCCAAUGAUUGGGGCAAAACAAAUACCAUGACCAAUCAUCGGUCGUGUUGUUGGUUUUGUACGUGCUGAAUGGUUUUGCACAUGCUAAAGGUCUUAGUAAAUCAGGCCCCUGGUCCGUCCAGCUCGCUAGCAGUGGCUAAGAGGAAGGUAAAUAUCAGGCCACUGAAAACCAGCUAAAUUAGUUCAGUGAAUGACGUGGUGAGUUUAAUCAGGCAGGUACAGUAGUGCCUUUAGCCCUCCUUGCCACAGUACCAAGGCACUCCUGUCUGUUGGAUUCAGCCAUGUCCACCACACAAUAACGCCUUUGCGCGAGUCUGCCUCCGUGUGUGGCAAGCAUGUGGAAAUGUCAGCUCUGUUUGGCAGAUGUGCCCGCGGCGUAUUUUUCCACGCUUGCCAUUGGUCUAAAACGCCCGUGUGUGUGGAUUUUCGACUGAGGGACAUCUGCCGAUUUGAUUAUCUGUUCAACAGUUUUUCCUCUCAAAAACGGAAACCCAGAAAGUGUUUUGGCUGGACGUACCAAGCAGUUCGAACCGACCUUUUCGAGGUCAUACUUUAUGCUUUCUUGGUAAUUCAGAUUGUGCGCAUUGUAACACACAUUGCAUUUUUUAAAAUAAAGUAAUUUCAAACUCUGACUGAUAAUUACAGAUAUAUUUAGCAUUACCCAUGAUACCCUUAAAGGGAAGCUUUGGAGCUAUUUGCUAUUUGGAUCUAUAAAACUAUUCAUUUUGUAUGUACUUCACAAAGGCUUAUUCUACAUUUGCCAGUAGGAACUGAUUGUGGGUGUUGAAUGACCCUGGGAUAAAUAGCUCAGUCACAGACGGGAGGUCAGAACUGCAGCUGAAGUGAGCGCUGGUUUAGCCGACCGGUAUCAAGAAUUUGAGAGGCUGAUAAUGAUAACGCUGGCCCCUGCCUCUCUCUCUAAAAAGGAUUCCACCUCAGCCUGAAAUUACCCUCGUGGCCCAGAGGGAUCUGGAAGAGACCACUAUGUUCUGUAUGCAAGCUUGUAAAUUUGAGCUCCGCCUCCCCCGCCCGCAUCGGGAAAGGCCUCUGCAGCGUUGCCAACGAGAAACGGCGCACACCCAGCGGCUGAAGACUACCCCCGCGAACGGGAGCUCCUUAGCGGCAGACUGUUUAUUAGCUUUAGCAUCUGCUAUUCAAACUAAUGUAUGACACAUUUGGGAACCAUUUUGAUUAUGCUUUACAGGCGUGCUUAAAAACAAGUGUGUUUCUGAGUCAUUACCCAGUCCUUGCUUGUUAUAGGGUGUCAUAAGGCUAAGGUAUAAACUUAAUGAGAUUUUGGCUAAAUUCGCAAAUAGCUCCCUACUGUGUGUGCGGAAACUCAAUAACUUAGUUUCCUAAUUAUGGAUUCCGCGGAGAGCGUCCCGGGGAGAACUGUCUCAUCUCCACUUGUACCGACGGGCUGUGCCGCAACCGUUUACUGCUUCUCUCUCUUCGUUUCAGGUGCUUCAGAACUUAACUGUAUGUCACGUUGACUUAGCAGAUGUAUGUUAUCUUAACCUUCACAGGCUCAAGAUUGCAUUUCUGAACGUCGCCCGUCUCCAAAAGAGCUUUGCAUAUGUAUGCGGGACAAUCUACCUGACAUAUUUUCCACAAUGACUAAUCCUUGCAGUGCUCAGAGACCUACCCUUAAGUGUUGUAAGUGUUUCCUUUGUGUAGAACCGAGGCUCCAAAAACGUCUUCAUUGUAAAUGUCUGUAAAACUCUUAAAGCGAUUAAUUGUGUUUCAGUUGGUUUGUAUAUAAUACUUGUAUAAAUACAUUAAAUGUACGUUGUGUCGUG